CGAACGAGAACUGUGUCUCCGUUGGUCUCCGUGCUCAAUUUAUGUGAAUUUAAACCGUGAGAACAAUCUAUUACCGUAAGGUUUCUCUUCGUAUUUUAUCUCCGAACUAAAUACUAUGCUUCACUUGUGAUAUAAAACCGGUUAUUUGGUGUAGCGAUUGUGUUUGUGCAACAAUGGCUAAUAAUCGUAUUCCGUCGGGUCCCAACACUCCUGGAAGCACCCAGACGCCUACGCAGCAAGGUGUGAAGAUAUUUAUACAAAGGGACUACUCCGAAGGCACAGCAGUGAAGUUCCAGACCAGAUUUCCGCCAGAACUCGAAGACAGAAUAGACCGCCAAACAUUUGAAUACACGAUGGAGAGGUUGAACGAACAUUUUGACAUGGCCGAGACGGCAGACUGCAGCACGUACUGUGAGGGUUGCCUCGCUUGCCUCACCGCUUAUUUUAUUUACAUUUGCACAGAAACACACUAUGAAAAGCAUUUACGGAAAGUAUCAAAAUUCAUAGCGACACAGAAUGAAAGAAUUUACAAUCCAAGAGGCAUACACAUCACCGACCCCAUACUAAGGGGUUUGCGAGUAAUUGAGAUAACGGUGAUCGAUGUACCGAACUGCCAGAGUCCGACAGGUAACUCAACAUCAACUAUGAGGCACACUUGACCACCACACGACAGCAGGGAAUUCUUUAUGUAACAAACACGUUAUUGGUUUUAAAAACCAUUGUAUCGUGCGCCACGGUGUUAUUCUGUAUCGAUAACACGACCAGGACUUUAAAUUGUGAGAUUGCGAUGGACUAGUGAACGUAUAGAAUUCUUCCUGCAAUAAGUCGGAAUAAGCUGAUGUGAAUGUGGAAGUGGAAAUGUAUGAUGUGAAAUUUGCUUGAUGUCAAAGUUUUUUCACAGUGGUUGGUAACAUGAUAGGUUAAAGCAUGUUUAAGAGUUUGACAAAUGAGAUAAAAGAGCCUCGAACAUAUCUUGUAUAAAACAGUUGCUUUUUCUGGAAGCAUUUCUACCAAAUCAAGUAGUGUUGUGAAUAAAAAAAUCAUGCUAUAAAACUAACUACUGAAAGCUACAUUUUAUUGCAAGUAUCUAUAUGGGAUUUGUUCUUUUAAAAGAAACAAAGUGAACCUGUACUGCUUACGGUACAGCCUAACUUUCUUUCUUCACUUCACUUUUCUAUAGCUUCAAAGUAAAAAAAGCAAGUAACUAAGUAAUGAAAUAAACAAUUUUUCUUUCUUUAUAACUGAUCUAGCUCAUCUUUCAUUUGUCAUCUCUUCAGUGCCAGGCGUUAUAGCCUUCCUUAUUUUGUAUAAUUCAUGGUGUUCAAUGUCAUGUUGAUCAGAUAUGUUUAAAUAUUCUUGCGUAUACAUACCAUUAGGCUCAUAAGUGAUGGAAUUACAUAAAGUACUGUGUUCGCAAAUGCAGCACUGUUUAUGAGAUGUUAGUUCUAUACGUAAUAAACUUAAUUGUGUGUUUGACUCAAAAAUAACCAAUUUUGAAUAGUUUAAACGUGUAUAUUUCUUUAAUAAAUAGGUAUUUUAUAUCUUUAUAAAUUAGUGUAAAGGUUUAUUGGAUUAGUAACAUUGUUGAUGAGUGUUAAUGAAUGUGAUUAAUUUUGUAAAUUAAAAUGAAAAUUUAUAAGUGAAUUCGAAAGUCUUAAGUAGUAAAGAUGUUAUUCUUACUAUAAAGGCAUGAUGAAUGAAAAGAAUUUAUAUAAGGAUAUUAUGAUGACAAGUCAUAAAAUGCUUAGGUUAAAUCUGUGGUAUGCUUGUUUGGCCAUUAAUAUUAAAUUAACCGAAAAGUUUUGUAAUUUUUUACAUUAACGUAGCUUAAAUUUUAACUUAUUAACUUUCCGAGUUAAUUCACGAGUUAUAUAAAUCACAACUAUUUUUAAGAAUAUAAUAUUAUUAUGAUUCAUUUGAUAUAUUAAACCAUAUGUUCAAGAAUUCAAUGUUUAAUUUAUAAUGGAAAAUAUUAUGAAACUCAUGGUCUCAAGAAAUAAGGUCAGUCACUGAUAAUUUGACACACAGCUUAUUUUCAAACAGAUGUCAUUUUGGAUAACUUAUAUUUUAUACCCUAUUCUUUGGUAGAUAAAGAAGAAAAUUUUGCUUCCUAAUCGUAUUCUGUAUGCAAUCUUCUCUGCUUGCUAAAUAAAUCAUUUUGACUCCUUGUUCAAAAUAAAUUGUGUGUUUUUAUUUAUUGAUGUUUUAAGUUCCGAUUCAUUGUCUCUUUUCUUUUGUCGUGAAAGGAAAGUGACGACACUACAUUUUAGUUUACAACUCACAAAUAGCCUUCGUAAUUUUAAAGUCGACGAUGAUUAUUUAAAAUUUCAAAAACAGGGUUUCUGUUAGAAAUUCCUAUUUCAGACUAUAUUUUUAGAUAAUAAAUUGUUUUAUUGGGUGUUAAAUGCAUGUCAUCAGUUAUAUCAACUUAUCAUUUAGAAUAUGAAUGUCUUCAAAUGAUUUUAAACUUUAUUGCUCUUAUUAAUAACAAUGAAAAUGUUAUAGCACCGUUUAGCCAAAAAUGUUUGUUACUUUCUGUCACAUGUUGAUUGCAAUGAGAUGAAAAGAGGAAAGCAGUGUUUUAGUCAAAACGAUGUUAUAGGUCUUUAACGUGUUUGAAAUAGGGUUCAAAUUCAUUGUUGAGGUAGGUUGAAUUGCUGACGACCUUACUACUAAUGUGAUUCAUAUAAUGCUAUUUAUGUUUGUAUUUUAUUAUUCGUGUAACUUGUACUUUUAUUAACUUUAGAUAUUUGAUUCUAGUAUAAUUUAAAUGGUAAGUAUUUUAAGUACUUUUUUUAAGUUACUUUAUAGUGCUUAUACGUUUGAUAUGAAUUGUAGAUGUAUAAAUAGUUGUUCUUAUGACAGCCAUCGUGAAAUUAUGAACUUCGUCAGUUUAUAAUAUAACGCGUAGGAUUGAAAACUAACAGUGGAUUAGGUUAUAUUGUAAUCUAACUACGCCAGAUUAUAAUUUGACGAUGGCAUAUUGUAUUGCUAGCUAACUGCCAAUUUUUCCGAUAGAGGCGCUGCUGAUUUUUUAACAACUUAAGCCUGGUCCGUGAGCACGUAGAAUCCCGUCCAAUGACCCCAAGCUUCCCAUCCUUGUCGCUCACACGUAAUUAUGUUGCUGUCGAUCUCGCACACUCACUGCGGGCGCCCGUCGCACAGUUGCGACUGGACGGGAUUCUACGUGCUCACGGACCAGGCUUUAGGCACCAUUAAAUGACGAAACAAGCCUUAAUUUUGUUGAGCUCAGAAUUUGUCAUGUAUACGUCUAAAUAAAUGCCACCACAAUAAUUUUGUGUAAAUUAAUUAAAGCACAUAUUAUUAUUCUACACUAUAAUCAUAGACAAACAAAAUAAAUAAGCGCCAUCUAUGUUAUUUUAGAGUUGUGUGUACGCAAAGUUCGUUGAUUUUAAAAUAGGUUAGUUAUUUUCAUAGUUUCCAUGCAGUUUUCCAUUUAAAACCUUCUGACAUACUUUUGCUUGUUAUUCUUAUUUCUGUCUUGGCCCAACUAUAAGUAAUAUUUUUUUACAACGCCAAUACGCUUUAAGUAAAUCCCGGUUUCCACCAUUUCACAGCGGAGCGGAGAAUCCCCCCUUAAAAAUUAGGAAUUGAUGGUGAAAACGAGCAUUACUUCCGAGUUCUGAAACUUAAGUUGUACUGAAACUAAAAUGUUCCAUAAUUUAAGAUUGCUAGUUGCCGAGGUUUUUGACUGCUUGCUUGUUACACGUUUUAUUUAUUUACUUAGUUAUAUUUAAAACAUGCAUGUGUGUAUGUAGUCAGGUAAAUUGCACGAUUUUUUUAUUAUUUGGGAAACGGUAGAAUUCAUGGCUGAUUAUUUUUAACUUAACAUUUGUAUGGGAUUUGAUGUGACGCCACCUGGCGGUGCAAAAUGAAACUUUCUUGAAAAAUUUGACUUGUACAGCCAGCGUCAGAUAGUUCGUGAUUCGUGACAUCACAAGUGGCCAAAAAGUUGACAAAGACACGGUAAUAAUAUCAUAUAGUAUUGUAACUUCAUAUAAACAAACGAAACGAGACCUUUCCUUCGAAAUUCAAAUCUCGGGAUGCGCUCGGUAUGCAAAAGUCGGGAGUGUCGCGAAUGUGCCGAAUGGACGUCGGUGGCCAAAUGUAAUUUUUUUUUAUAAUUAAAAUUGACAAAACUGAUUGAAUUUGACUGACCGUCAUUUACGGUCAAAUUGGUCAAAAACUAGUCAAAUUGUCAUUUUCAGCCAGUUUGAUUUGAAAUGAAAAUUAUAUUGUAUAAAACCAGCUUUUGCCCACGACUUCGCCCACCCGAAAUUAAAGUAAAGUCCUGUAAAACGUAGGUGGGCCGAUUUUUGUGAUGACUAAUAAAGAUAGAAAUUCUAAGUAGGCAGAUGUAAUUAAAAUGGGUACUGUAUGUGAGCAGCCCUAUCGCAUGUUGUCAUACUGUGACGAACCGCGCAGUCUGUUGACAUUUAUUUCAAAAAAUGGCCGAGUUGGAAUACUGCAUAGAUAGUAUUACCGUGACAAAGACGUGUUGCGAACUCAUUGGCUACUUUGGGUGUCACGAACUACUUGACGCUGACUGUACCUAUAAAUGGUAUAAACGGCAGUUUCUUUAUUAUUUAACAAAGUAUACUGUCGCCUAUUAUUUGUAAAUAUGGUUGUGUUAUAUAAUUUUGGUAGAAAUAAAAUGUAAUGCAUGGCAUUGUUUAAUUUAUCUUACAUCAUAAUGAUCUCAGAGAGAUUUUUAACUAUAUGGAACCCAUAACCGUGGUCAAAUAUCUAAAGUUUAAUUUUCCAGUUAAUAGAACGUCUUUACCAAAAAAAGGUUGGUGGUGUAUAAAACUAAAAGCAGCCCAUAAAUAAAAGAUGUUAAAAUGACAAAAUAAAUUUUUCGCUAAAAUGCCUUAUAAUCUUACUUUUAAUGCAAACUAAUAUUUAUAGGAAUAGUGCUUGGCUGUCUCAGUACCCGAGGUAUGGAAGCGGCACGGGAGGGGUGACAUGAAUUGACAUAAUAGAGAUGAUGACUGGGUAAUGAAAUCGAAAUUCUAUUUAGUCCGUCAGACAGAUAAUUAGAAAAUAUUACUCAUAUUUUUUAAUUUUUUCCAUAAUCGAAUAAUUACAGUAUUAUUAAGUUGAAAUGACAAAUAAUUGAAAUUUUGUCAUCUAGCCUAUUAAUAUGACGUGACAGAGCAAAUCUGCCCCCCUAAACAAUACGCACUUUUUGAUCGAAUCGAAAAUCGAAUCCGUCAAAACUCCAUACAAAAAAGGGGCUUUUCGACCACUUUUCGACUGGUUUGCGAUUAUAAUUUGCACUUUGUCUAGACCAGCGGUUCCCGAAUGGUGGUCCGCGGAACCCUGGGGUUCCGUGGAAAGGCCGCAAGGGUUCCGUAAAAAAUAUUAUCCCACGUUUCGUGACCGACGUUGUUCGCUCGCACCGACUUGUUUACGCACAGGGCGUGCGGGCGGAGUAGUACGGGGGUUCCGCUAGGAAAAGUAUAAUCAAUUAGGGUUCCUUGGCAAAAAAAAAUUGGGAAACCCUGCCCCCCUAGACAAAACGCACUUUUUGAUCGAACCGAAAAUCGAAUCCGUCAAAACUCCAUACAAAAAAGGGGCUUUUCGACCACUUUGCGACUGGUUUGCGAUUAUAAUUUGCACUUUGUCUAGACCCACUGAAGGAUAUCUGAAGUCUUUCUGACGUUUGACUGUCACAAAAACCUCCUCAGACACUGUCUCAGUUAAACUCUAGUACCUAUAGUUUGUUAUUCAAAAUAUUUAAAUGGGAUUUGAAAAAAUUGUAAAAACUAUGUAUCACUUGUUAUAACAUUGUGUGUAGUGUUAAUGUAUGUAUAAAAUGCACAUAUUAUUUGAAAAAUUGAUAUUAGUUUUAACACAUGAAAAAGAAACAUCCAAAUUUUUAAAUACAUCUGUAUAAUGUACUAAUGGUUAGUAUUAAGACGAUAUAGAAUUAUUUGUAAAAUUUAUUAUGACUCGUAUUAAAAUAUUUGGAAUUUAAUAAUA